UUAGGUAACAAUGUGGCAGCCACAGUUUCCAAAAUUACUCCAGUAGUGACUGUCGCCGACGGUGCUCCGCAUGACGCCAUGGAAGCAGGCGCGAGCUCCGCACGAGCUGACGGCCGGAAGGAGGGGCGGCUGCAGCGGCCCGCGACGGCGCUCGAGGCACGCGGCUACCGCCUGGGCGAGAUCAUCGGCACCGGCACGUUCUCCGUCGUCCAGAAGGCGUAUUCAAACAACCUUAAACGAAACGUCGCGAUCAAGACCAUUUUAAAGAAGGAAGUGCCUCCGAAAUAUUUCGAGACAUUCGUUCGCCGAGAGAUGGAGAUUUUACAGGGCCUGAACCAUCCAAACGUCAUCAAGUUCCUGGAAUCCAUCGAGACGGAUAAAUCGGUGCACAUGGUCAUGGAGCUGGCGGAGAACGGCAGCCUGCUGGCGUCGCUGCGCGACCACAGCCACUUCGACGAGGAAGCGGCGCGGCGCUACCUGGGCCAGAUCCUCGACGUCAUGGAGUACUGCUACAAGCGGGGCGUGGUUCACAGGGACAUCAAGCUGGAGAACCUGCUGCUGGACGAGGGCUUCAACAUCAAACUGACGGACUUCGGGCUGGCCAGGGCGGGCAUGUUCCCCGAGGACGGCCGGCCGCGCAUGAGCGAGUCCUUCUGCGGCAGCUACGCCUACGCGGCGCCCGAGGUGUUGACGGCCACGCGCCACGACCCCUACCUCUCCGACGUCUGGUCGGCCGGCGUGGUGCUGUACGCCAUGGUGUUUGGCCGCAUGCCCUUCAGCGACCGCGACCGCCGCCAGCAGGACGUGGAAGUUGAAGUUGAAAUCGAGUUUCCCGAAUAUCCAAAUGUAUCUCCGGAAUGCAAGGCACUGAUCAGAGAAAUUCUGUCUCCAUCGGCUAACAGAUUAACAGUAAAACAGAUCAGAAAACAUCCUUGGAUGAAAAUGAAAGCUAAAAAGGCAGAAAAGAAUCCAUCGAAAGAGAACACUGCAGUUGAUCCUGGCACUUAUAAAGGAACUGCGCCGCUGCCUGGAUACGCAACCUACCCAAAGAAGAAGUCACAGGACUGGACUGAGUUUCAGUUCCAAGCAUAAUAAAGAUUCCGAAUCAUUUUGUAACUCGUUCAAGUAAAAUUGCUCCACGCCUUUUUAAAAAGAUCUUCCUUGUGAAGCAGCAGUAGUUUCACACCAAAACAUUUGUCACAUUACAUUUUUAAUCUCUCAUGCUGAAUUCCUUAAAUUUUAAAUAUAAAUAAAAGUACAUAUUCCAUAUUUAUUGAGAAA